AUGAUAAUUCAUUUGGCGAGGAAAAAGCUUGAUUUUGGGAAACAGCGGGACUGGCAAAAUACGAUAAACAAUAGGACGCCGGGAAACAUGCCGACUAUGGAAGAAUUUUUAAAAUUUCUUACGGAUCGCUGUAAUACACUUCGGGUUUUAAAUCAAGGAAAAACGAAACAACCUACUUCUAAAACAACUAGCCAAAAGAAACCGGAUAAGAAGAUCUUUUUAACCUCGUCGGAAUGCAAGUUUUGCAAAGGAAGUCAUUCUAUCUAUAGAUGCGAAAAACUGCAGAAGAUAAACCCGGAAAUCCGGAAAAAGGAAAUCAUUAGUAAACAUUUAUGUCUUAAUUGUCUAGAAUCAGGACAUUAUGCCAAAGAGUGCAAGGCGUCAUCGUGCAAGAAAUGUUCAAAACGUCACAACACUUUGCUGCAUAGGGAUACAGAAUCACAAGUGCAAGACGCAAAUGCAUCAAACGCUACAGCGAUCGUCACGUAUUGUAAACGAGAACGAUAUAUGGAAAAUACGCAAUCCUUGACGAGCAUCGAUCAGAAUGAGAGAUUGGUGAACAGGAACGGCAUCGAGCGUCAUAUUAUCUACAGCAAAAAUGAACGCGUAUAA